AUGCGGUCGGAGUCAAUACCUGUGCAAACAGUGUGGAGAACACUCUAUAUUAUUCAUUUACAACAUUUUAAAUCAUAUUCAAUUGACACGACAUAUCACAACAGUUUGGCUGACGAUGAAGUUAUUGGUAUUCAUGUGGAGGGCUAUAGAUCUUCACUUUGGUUAUAUGUCGCCAGAAAAGAUGAAUUAGUCGUUUGGAGCCAUAAGUGCCAUAAGAGAAAUACCAAUAACAAAGUCAAUAGAGAAUCGCAAGAAAAGAUGGUUAGAUCCGACUCUAAUGAAAGCACACUUUCUGAAAGACAUUUCAGACGUCACUACGAGUCAGUAACUCAUCGGAUGAUACACAGGAGGGCAUCAAUUGAAAUGUAUAGAAAAGCUAUCAAUAAUACUUUUGAAAUAGAAAAGGAGAUUAUAAUUAACAGAAGUAACAGUGAAUUUGGUUUCAAAAUACACGGCAGUCGACCCGUUGUUGUCUCAGCUAUUGAAAAGAACACACCCGCCGAAACAUGUGGUCUAGACGUUGGAGAUAUUGUGGUUACAAUUAACGGAUAUAAUGUAUUGGAGUCAUCGCAUUCAGAUGUUGUAAAGUUGGCCCAUUCGGGCACUAAUACUCUCAAAUUAGAAGUGGUUUCCACCAGAAGUGCUCUCAAUUGUGAAGAAAAUGAUGUCAACAAUCAUGAGAUUGUUAUGAGUGGUUAUUUAAUACGUUUUAAUAAUGACUCUAAAACUUCAAAAACUUAUAGAAACAGAUGGUUUGUACUCAAGACUGAUAACUGUCUUUAUUGGUAUAAAUCAGCCAAAGAAAUGGAUCCGUUGGGAGUAAUUAGUCUUCACGGCUAUACUGCUGGUGAGGAACAGGAGUUGACUGGAGAACAUCCCUUUGGCUUCCGAUUAGUUAAACUACGCUCUGGUGUCAAAUAUUUUGCUUCUAAAGACAGCAAUACUGUAAACCAAUGGGUAUUAGCCAUCAAUCAAAGGGCUGAUAUAUUACACAAAUGUGAUCCAUAUAUUGGCUUAACUAUAAAAAAUACAUCGAGAAGUGCCACAAGUUUGACACCUAAUGACUGCAGCGGGUAUUUGGCUAUAUUUAGUCAAAGAAGAAAAUGUUGGAGAAAUCGGUAUUUUGUGCUAAAAGACGCCGCGCUUUACAUUUAUUUUGGAGUCGACGCCAAGUCAUCACUCGGCGUAUUCUUACUCCACGGUUAUAAAGUUCAGAGCUGUGUAUUAAUCGGAAAGAAGAAUACGUUUGAAGCGAUUCCUUCUGAAAGUAAAUUCAGACACUUAUGGCUUAUGGCUGAGUCAGACAUCGAUAAGAAAAGAUGGCUAUCAGCACUCGAGUACUCAAUUGAUCGUUGGAUUAAAUUAUGA